CAUGAUGAUGAGAUUGUAUUACCUUUUUAAGGCUUUUGAGUAUUGGUGAAGAAAGUUAACACUCAACUUUAGUCUUCAAUAGAAUUGUCAAAAGAUUUAACCUAACUUUCACCUAAAAAAAGUCAUUCACACCUUUAGAGGAGAGGAGCUCAAUCCCAAACCCUAAAUGGAUGAAUCAGCAAGCACAACAUUUUUUUUUUUUUUUUGCUAAUAUUGAACCCUCCCCAUCCCACCUCAAACUUCACCAACUUGUACAACACUUGCUAGUUUUAAUUAGUGAUAGGUAAGGAGAAUUUAAUUGUGUUGGGGGAAUAAUAAUGGACGACCAACAUCUUACUAAAAGGUAAAAUUUUCAGCUACUUGUAGAUGGAGGUACCCAAACUUGUGGCGGGGCAGGCGAAACUCGUAAUAAUAUGAGAAUUAUUUCCUUUUUGCAGUGUUGAAGAUGCAGAAGCGAAAGCUCGUUAGUUGAGACGGAAGGAUAUGGAAUUGAGGUAUUUCUGGUUAUUGAUAUCAUAAUCGGAUUGUCAGGGUCUUAUCGCUAAACUCAUAACCAAAGAUGAAGACAGAACAAAGUUUGAGAGGAUAUGUGAGCAAAUCUGUUGUUUGAAACCCCUCAUCCAACCCAGGUGGAUCGAGCAAUUUACAAUAUCAAGUAAAAUGUGAAUAUAUCUUAGGUCGUUUCCAUGAAGAAUUGUAACGGAUCAAUUUGACACAAUCUAGGAGUUAAUUUGUCUCGUUUGCCAGCAAAAAAUUUGGAUGGAUCAAUCUGCCUGAGGUAUUUUGAAUUGAUCCGUUUUGAGUCAAUUUCAAUUACCUAGGAUGGGGGCAGGUAUUUCGAACUGACUCGUUUUAAUUGCCUCAUUUAUAAAACAAGACAAUUGAUCAAAUUAACUCCUUUCUAGAUUGAUCCAUCCAAACGACCAUACAUUCACAUGAUCACUCGUUCAGAAUUCAUAACUUCCAAACCACACCUAAGUCUAAAAUUGUGGUUGCAUGGAAAACUACUUUUGAAUGCCUACUCAACAUCUUUAUCUUCCACUACUUUGUCGUCCAUAUUGAUGACAAAUGCGUGCAAGUAUGUUUUCAGUUUUGUCGCUCUUUUUCAUACGAUUGGUGACUCUUACAUCUGCAUACACACCCAACCUAGAUCUCUACUCUAAUAUUGACUCAUUUUCUAAAUCGAUAUUAUGAAAAUCAAGAGUUGGAGACACAUCCUUUCCAAAUCUCUCAAAUCCAAAAGGAACAAUCGGUGCUUAUCGAAACCUAGAAACAAUGGUCCAAGAAUUUGGUCCGUACACUUAGAUGCGCAGAAAACUAGAAUGAGCAAAAGGAUUUUGAUACCCGAAUCUCUCUCCCUCUCUCACUAGAUACUUUCAGAAUCAGUGAGUGGCUCACUCUUCGCCAUCUCAGCGUCCGCUUCUGUCCAUUGCCUUCCCUUCCACGCAUUCUCUCACAAAAUCCAUUUCACCUCCCCAUCAACCAAGAAGAAGAAAAAAUCCUCUGUUUUCUUCUGCCGCGGACCGACCCACCACCGAACGCUAGUACGCUACCAUUAUUUCAUUGCUCAAUCAUCCUUCCUCUUCCCCCCGCCAUUUCUGUUGCUGUAGUUUUGACAUCCUCUCCCAAACGCAAAAUGGCGCGCUUGCUCUCUCCAGUCUGCACUGACCCCCUCAAGCUUCAAAACCCAUGUGUCAGUUUCGCCUCGGCUGCUUCCUCCCGCCUCUUCUCCGGCUCCCUCGCCCCCAAGAGACGACGGCCUGCUGCUACCGCCGGCCGCGUCAAGGUCGCCACCGAUGAUGCCCCUUCCACCGCCGAUGACUACUAUGCUGUCCUGGGUUUGCUUCCGGAUGCUACGCCAGAGCAGAUUAAGAAAGCCUACUACAAUUGCAUGAAAGCUUGUCAUCCGGAUUUGAGCGGUGACGAUGCCGAGACCACGAAUUUCUGUAUGUUCAUCAACGAGGUCUAUGAGGUGCUGAGUGACCCUGUUCAGCGUAUGGUUUAUGAUGAAAUUCAUGGCUAUGCCUUGACUGGAAUCAACCCUUUCCUUGAUGAUUCAUGUACCAGGGAUCAUGCCUUUGUUGACGAAUUUAGCUGCAUAGGCUGCAAGAAUUGUGCCAAUGUUGCCCCUGAUGUGUUUGGGAUUGAGGAGGAUUUUGGGAGAGCUAGAGUGUACAGCCAAUGUGGGGUUUCGGAUUUAGUUCAACAAGCCAUUGAGAGUUGCCCUGUUGACUGCAUCCAUUGGACUUCUGCAGCACAAUUAUCUCUACUUGAAGACGAAAUGCGUAGAGUGGAGAGAGUAAAUGUGGCAUUAAUGCUUUCUGGAAUGGGGUCUGCCUCAGUGGAUGUUUUCAGAAUGGCAAGUUCGCGGUGGGAGAAGAGGCAAGCAAAAGUACUGGAGAAAGCUAGGGUGCAGAUGAUGAAGAAGAAUGGCAAGGAUGCUGAUAAGGAUGAUUCGUACUGGAGCAACUUGUGGGGCAGUCAAAAAGACCGCCAGCCCUCAGAGGAGGAGACUAAGGAGAGAGCAAAAAGAGCUGCUGCAGCUGCCAGACGAUGGAGGGAGUACUCAAGAAGAGGUGUGGACAAAGCUCCUAAGUUUAAACUCCCAGAGGCGAUCUCCAACAACGACAACUGAUUGGUCGGUACGUUCAGUGAUGCAUAUAUGGGUAGAUAGAUAUAGAUAGAUUGAUCGAUGGGAUGAGAAUCCUUCACUGGGAAGAAAGUUUUACGUUAUUGCACGCGAUGAUGUAUAUAAACUUGACAAACUGUUGCAGACUUGCAGUACAGAUAUAUAAAGGCAUAUAAACGAGAUUGUCCAACGUCCACUAAGAAGAAGCUUGCAUUAGGGAAGAAGCUUGCAUAAUAGCAAUUACGAAGUUCUUGCAUGAUCUCUUCUUCAUAGUGCUGACAGAAACUGAUUUCCUCCUCCAAAAUCCAAAUACUGAAAGAACUCUAAUUUGCUUGACCUCAUCUUCUCAUGGCAUGCUAAGUUGCUAACAGGCUUAAUGAACUAAACGAAGACACACUUCUUUCUCUCACUCGCCUUAGCACUAUUGCAGACAUAAAACGAAAGUUUUAACAGAUCGAUCUAACCCUCGAGUUCUCAAUUUUACAUGUUCCGAGGCCUGACAACGACUUCACAAUCUUUCAUGAGCACUCGUGAGCCCAUCGACGAUGAGGCUAGCAGAGAAAGAAGGAGAAUAAUAUGGACAAUGCCAGCCAUUUGGCUUGACUCAAACAGAGGGUUCUUAGUAUUAACAAAUUCUACCAUGGGUU